CGCUUGUUCGGCGUCGGCGUCGCGACGCGCACGCGCCACGGUCAAUCCGCAAUCGACGUCGUGAAAUCCGCACUUUACGUUUUACGAAUUCUCUUCGAAACGGUUUAAUUAAACGUCCCACAAAUACUUUUUAAAAUGUGUCUGAUGCGUGUCGGAACUUCAUCGGUUGUUCGCUAAUCGACGGGUGAAUCAAGUUGCACAAUGACUAAAACAAUAAUUUGAAUAACUGCGAAACAUAUCUAACUAUCUAAUUAAUUGUAUGAAUGAUUAGUAAAUUGUUGUGAAAGAUGCACAUAAAUAAUAUUAACCGUACUAACAAUAAUAAUAAGAACAGUUCGUCGUCGUCGUCGUCGUCAAGAAAGAACAGUUCAAGUUCAAGUGGGUUUUUGAUAUUAAAGUAGAAAAGAGGGGAAAGGAAAAUGUUGGUGUUGUUGUUGGUAUCAAUUUUGCCGCUGGUUUCGGUCCAAGUCGAGUGUUUCUUGUUGGACGGUUCGACCGAUUCGUAUUCGCAAUUUCGCAAAUGGGGCGGCGGAACGAACGGCACGUUGGAGUUCGAAUUCAAGACGGAUCAGCCGAACGGACUGUUGCUCUACACCGAUGACGGCGGCACCUACGACUUCUUCGAGAUCAAGUUGGUCGAAGGCGCUCUGAGACUGAGAUACAACUUGGGCGGCGGCGCCCAGAUCCUGACGGUCGGUCGGGACCUGAACGACGGAAGAUGGCACAAAGUGCACGUGCAGAGACACGAGGAUCGCACCAUCUUGACCGUGGACGACCUGACUCAGAUGCGGACGUCGCGGGGAAAGGAAUUCGCCUUCGGCCGAUUCAAGACCAACUCGGACGUGUUCGUGGGCGGAAUGCCCGUCUGGUACAACAGCAAGUUGGCCCUGCUGGCGCUGCCCAGCGUCAUCUUCGAGCCGCGGUUCGUCGGCGCCAUCCGGAACUUGGUCUACGCGGACACCGAGGACGGGAAGGUCCGCAGACAGGAGACCCGGCCCAGAGACUCGAGAAGCGGCUCUAAGAAAAAGUGGCUCAAGAAACAGAGUUUGCGAGGAAACAGCAGCGAUGCGUGCGAGAUCCGCGAUCCUUGUCAGCACGGCGGAAUUUGCAUCUCCACAGACUCCGGCCCCAUUUGCGAAUGUCGCAACUCCGACUACGAAGGAGAGUUUUGCGAAAAGGAUAAGGCGCCUUCGGAAGCGGUGUUUCGAGGCACCGAAUUCCUGUCGUACGACCUCAGCCAAACCGGAGGAGAACCGAUCGUCAGUGCUCAGGAUUCCGUCAGCUUCUACUUCAAGACUCGACAACCGAACGGACUGCUCUUCUACACAGGCGAAGGAAGCGAUUACCUGAACGUGGCCAUCAAAGACGGAUGUCUGAUGUUGACGAUGGGAUUGGCGAAUGGAAAACAGGAAAUGCAAAUCAAACCCAACAAAGUACGAUUCGACGACAACCAAUGGCACAAAGUCAGCGUUCAUCGACGAAUUCAAGAGAUUUCUGCCAUCACUAGUUUUUGUCGUUUGUCCGCCGUGGUGGAUGGAGCGUACGCCGACCACAGUCACAUCGCAGGUAAAUUCACGAUGCUGUCGAGCGGUCGCGUUUUCGUCGGCGGCAGCAUCAACACACGAGCCUUGCCCGGAGCACGAGUGCACAAUAACUUUGUGGGCUGCAUGAGAAAGGUGGAGUUCGUGGCCGAUACGCUGAGGCUGAACAUGUUGGAACUGGCCAAGUCUGGCAGUCAUUUGAUCUCGAUCGUCGGUCGAUUGGAGUUCAACUGUCCGAACGGCGAGACUCUGGAUCCCAUCACUUUUACCACGCGCGAGUCGCACUUGAUUCUGCCAGCUUGGAACGCGAAAAAGUCUGGAAACAUUUCCUUCAAGUUCCGAACGAACGAAGGCAACGGCAUGAUCCUCUUCAACGGUGGAAUUCGACCGCCCAGAAUGGAUUAUUUCGCCAUAGAGAUCUACAUGGGUCAGAUUUACGUACAUCUCGAUUUGGGAUCUGGACCGCUGAAACAGCGCGGAACGAGAAAACGAUUGGACGACGGUAUGUGGCAUGAGGUCACCUUCCGAAGAACCGGCCGAGAUGCGAGAAUCACCGUUGACGGCGUGCACACCGAUUUCAGAACUCCAGAGGGAUCCACGAGUCUCGAGUUAGAUGGCAACAUGUACGUGGGCGGAUUGGGUCCCGCUUUCGGUGAGCCCCCUUUCAUCCCCAAAGACUUGUGGACGGGUAUCCUGCAUCGCGGCUUCAUCGGCUGCUUCAAGGAUCUGAUCGUCAACAACGUGGGCAUCGACGUGGCCGGUUACGCUCAAGAACAGGACUCCGGUUCGAUCAAACGAUCGUGUCACACCGUCCCCGAACAAUGUCCCAGUCAGCCGUGUCUGAACGGCGGCUCCUGCACGGAAGGCUGGAACCGCUUCGUCUGCGACUGCACUCAAACCACAUUCACCGGUCCCACGUGCGGAAAGGAAGCUGCCACCCUCAGUUUGAACGGUUCCCAACACAUGUCGGUCACAAUGGACAGAGAAAUGAUCACGCAAGCCGAAGACAUCAUCAUCCGCUUCAAGACGAGUAAACCGUUGGGGCUGCUGCUCAUUUCGAGCACAGUCGAAACCGGCGACCGAAUUGAAAUAGCGAUCGCUGCCGGACGAAUACGGAUCGCCUUGCGAUUGGCAGUCAAGGAUAAGAAGCUCGAGGAUAAGGAGAAAGACAAAGUGCUACUCAUCGGCCAGAACGUGAACGACAACGAAUGGCACACCCUGAACUUUGCGCGACGAGGAUCGACCAUAAAAAUGCAGCUGGAUCACCAAUCUCCGAUCAGAGCCGAGUCGAUAACCGGUCGUUAUCAGACAUUGCAAUGGCGCAGUCUGCAUCUGGGCGGGUUGUACCACCUGGAGGAGGAGAUUGCGAUGACGACGACGGUGCCGAACUUCGACGGCGAGAUCCAACAGUUCUACUUCAACGACGUUCCCUACUUGGAACUGGCCCGUGCGCUGAGCACAGAGAGGACGAUCGAAGGAUUUCCCACCAUCAAGGUCUCCGGCAAGUUCGUGAAGCACGCCACGAACAACCUGCACCGACCGGUCACCUUCAAAUCGAAGCACACCUUCAUCGGUCUGCCGAUGUUGAGAGCUUACGGCACCAUUCACAUCGACGUCAUGUUCAAGACGCGCGAAGCCAACGGACUGAUUCUGUUCAACGGCGGCAAAAAGGAAGACUUUGUCGCCAUAGAACUCGUCGAAGGUCACGUGCACUACAUCGUCAACGUCGGAGACGGCGUCGUUUCCAUCAAGGACAACUGCAAGUCUCACUUGAACGACAAUCGCUGGCACACGAUCACGAUCCGACGACCCACGGCCAAGCAACACACCUUGAUGGUUGACGAGGACGUGGUUGUGGCACAGAACCUGGGCGUCGGCAAUCUCGACUUGGACGGCAUCCUCUACUUGGGAGGCGUCUACAAGGACUUGUACGCCCUCUUACCGGAAGCGGUGCGCAGCAAACACGGUUACGAGGGUUGUUUGGCGGGCAUCGACUUAAACGGCGAGAGUCCCAACGUCGUCGAAGACGCCACCGUCCACAGUUCGUUGGUGGUUUCGGGAUGCGAAGGUGACUCUCAUUUCAUAAUCGAUUCGUCCUUUAUUAUUCGAUUGACACACGAUCUUUUCGCAGGACAAUCGGCGAAAUGCAGCCACAACGUGUGCGCCAACGCCGGACUGUGUGUGCAACAAUGGCACACGUACACCUGCGACUGCGACAUGACCUCCUUCACCGGACCCACAUGCUCAGAUGAAUCAGUCUCGUAUGAAUUCGGACCGAAUCGCGGCAUUAUUACUUACACGUUUCCAGAAGAACGAAGACCGGAAACGCAGGAAGAUUCGAUCGCCCUCGGUUUCAUGACCACCAAAUCGGAUGCAGUUUUAUUACGAAUUAUCAGUGGCACUUCCAACGACUACAUCGAGAUGUAUAUUGUCGAAGGGAACGUGUUCGUCGUUUACAAUCUAGGCACAAACGACCAUCCUCUGGGCGAAAUAUCCGUCAAAGUAAACGACAACUCGUAUCACGUGGUCAAAUUCCACAGAACUGGACACAACUCAACACUGCAGAUCGACGACUACAACGUUCAAACCAGUUAUCCAGGAGGUCAAGAAUUGCAAAUCUUCAACGCCCAAUCGCAAAUUCAGAUCGGCGGUAAGUGGUCCAGGGGCGGAAAAUCGAACAGAAUUGAGAGACCCUUUGCUGGCAUAAUUUCGGGCGUCGUCGUCAAUGGUCUGCGAGUUCUCGACCUGACAGCCGAAAAAGACAUCCAUGCGUCGUUACGCGGCGACGUUCAGCUGUUUUCCGGCAUCUUGGACAAGGACAAACUCGAACGACAAGAUCACCUGUCCAAAAUGCAGCAAACUCCCGCUUCCGGUUUCCCCGGCUUGGAAGACGACCUGGUAUUUAGCGGCGCCGGAAGCGGCUGUCAAGGAGACGAUGAGGACGAAUGUCCUCCUCUACCGGAAACCGGUAGUGGCGACGACGAUCUGAUAACGCCGGUUUACGUGCCACCGACGAAACCGUCCACCACCACGUCUUCGAAUUCCCGAGGAGAAAAUGGAAAAAAAGUCAAAGGUGACGUAGGAGGAAAGCCGUGCGACGACGAAGACUGUUUCGUCGGAAGUGGCAGUGGAGAAGUUACGGAAGAACAAGUCGGCACUACUAGAAUUGAAACUCCGGAAUCAACGACGCCAACCGAAACAUUUAUAUUCACAACAUCUUCCGAUUCUGCAUCGUCGACAACGCAACAGCAAACGACGCAACAACAACAACAACAGCAACAGCAACAAUCGACGACGACGACGACGACGACGACUCAGCAGCAGCAGACAACGCGAGAAGAAACUUCCUCGUCGUCGUCUUCUUUGUCGUCUUCGACAACGUCGACCACGACAAGGAGAGACUACUUCAUAACGGAUCCUCCCGUCGUGAUCGUGCACAACCCACCGAUUCCCGACUAUCCUUCCAACCACUAUCCGCGUCCUUCGAAGCGACCGCCGGAGCGAGUCAGUUCGGAAACGUCGGAGAUUGUCGCCCUCAUUAUCGGAAUAAUCGCCGGAGCACUGAUCGCCGUCAUUUUGAUCAUACUGGUGAUUCUGAAGUUCCGAUCGCGUAGCGACCGUUCCUUUAAAAUCGACGACUCCAAGUCGGUGUAUCGAACGCAGCAAGCCGCUCUUUUGGGCCACAACAACGGGAACCAGUCGCUAAAUGGAGCGUUGCGUAACGGGAACAAUUCCGGUUUGACGACGAACGGCGGCGGUGGCGGCGGCGGCCUCGGCGGUGACAAAAUGAAGAAGAAACGCGACAGCAAAGACAUUAAGGAAUGGUACGUUUGAAUCGGUUCGGCGGUUCAGCGGUUCAGCGAGUGUUUGUUCCGGUUCCGGGAAAUGGGACGAACGAUUUUGUGUGGGUGUUUGCUUCGUUUUUGCCCCUCCCCUUUUCUCAAACUCAACUCAUUAUUGUCGCAAGGAAAAAAAAGAAGAGAAAUAGAAAAUUGACUGAAAGAAAGAUUUGAUUUCUCAAUCGGGACUUAACUUGUACAUAGGUAAAGAGAAAAAAAGAAAGAAAUGUCUUCGUGGCCGAGCCUCAAUUCGGGGUCAGGUUUCCGUCCGUCCUAAUUGCGAAAUAUCGAAUCCAUAUCAGUUUUUUACCGACGGAAACGCUCGCUUAUUGUGCCCGGCAGCGAACUGUUGUCCACUUAAUUACGAAUCACACCCCUGUAUAUUAUAAAUACAUAUACAUAUAGCAAUAUAACAAUAUUUAAAGAAACCUAACCUACCAGGAGAUAAAUUAACAAAUAAAUAGUUCAUUGUUUGUUUGACUCGUGUAUUAUAAAUAAAAUUGAUGAAUUGUAAAGUAGUUGAUUGAUGAACGAUAGACGAUUGACGAUUGACGAUUGACGAUUGACUGAUGAUUGACGAUUGAUUGUUUGGAUUAUAUAUAUAUGAUAUAUCAAAGAUUAAUUAUUAUUAAUAUAGUCGACUUUUUUCUAUGUUGUUAUUAUUAUUAUUAUUAUUUGUUUAGUAAGCUAUAAAUAAAAACACUAAUUGCGUUUAA